UGUCAUUUCGUUUCGGUCGUCGGCUCGGCUCGCCCUUAGAAAUGAUAUCAUCAAAACAGAAAUAAUAAAAGAUUAAUUACAGUAUUAACAACAUUUUUUUUAAUAUGAAAUCAUGGCCGACCGCCUCCGCCAGAUCGCACAAAAGGUUAAAGACAAAAUUAACUUUCCCCAAAUGAAAGUGAUCGGCCGUGAAAAAGUCGACCAGAUGAUAACCAAGUAUGUACCAGCUACUCGGGUUACAGAGAUCGCGGAGAAGUUCAAACAAGAAGGUAUUACUAACAGGGUCAAAGAGCUGGUGUCUAGGUAUGAGAAAUUCACAGGUAUAGAAGAGAUUAUGGCCAUACAAAACACUGUCAUUGACGCGCAGGAACGGUUUAUGACGGCACAAGACAGAAGGAGGGAGAUGGGUAAAGAACUGGCAUAUAUAGAGGCAAGACUUAAAGAGUUGCAUGCAGAAAUGCAGAAUACCAUGAAAGGAGAUGAGAAAUAUCUGCAUCUUUGUACAGAAGAGCAUAAGCUCAUAAUACAAGAGCGGGCGCUACGCACGCUGUUCUCCGACGCGGAGAGAGAGGAGAGAGAGCUGUUCGCCACCAUGUCCGCCGCCGUCAAACUGGGCCACGAGAGGGAAAGGGCGCAUGCGGAGAGGAACAAAUACUGGUACAUUGUCGCUUCAAUUUUUGGUACAUUAUUGGGUAUUGGCGGCUCCACAAUAAACAACCAUCUCAAAAUGGCUGAAUUCAGGGAUCUCAUGGAGCAGCAGAUGGCCCGCAGCGCCAGCGUGCUGUACACCAUAGCGGGCGGCGGCACAGCCAGCAGGGCCGACAUCGCGGAAGCUAUGAAGACGGAAUUCGCUUAUCAGGAACAACUUGCCAACAAUUUAAGUAUAAUGCAAGAUAAUAUUAACACUUUAAUAAGCAAACAGUCGUCACUAAUAGACCACAUAAACCACCAGGAACAUGCAGUGGAAACACAAAUCCGCGAUUUGAAGCGUUUGAUAGUAGCCGCUUCGCAGACCAGCGCGAAAUCCGACGCACAAAUAGCGAAAGCUUUAUCCGAAGUGUACCACGAACUGGAGGAAGCUGACAGCGAUCGGGAUAAACUAAUACAACCGGAUAAACCCACUGGCACUUUAGACGCUAACCAAAUCUUGACCGGACUCAGCAUUGUCAUGUGUGCAGCUGUUAUCAUCGGAAAUAUCUUCGGACGCAUUAGUUGAUUCGUCCGAUAAGAAUUUUCGAAUGAAUUUUGUACUAAUAAUAAUAAUUUUAAGAAAAAGUUAUAUAAAAAACAUUUAUACUGUACAUUUUCCAAUAUAUUCAUGCGUAUUCUUUUCGAAUUUCUAUGACAUGUUUUAUGCAAGUUUAUUGCGAAAUUGAAAUAGUAAAGGCUAAAGUAGUCAUUGAAAACGAUUAAUUUAUGCAGUAGAUACCAAAUUAGCGUCUUUGUAAAACAAAAAUGCAAGAUUUUUAUUUAAAUCACAGAUUAAAGAAUUAUAGGCAGAUAGAGCGUACGGAACACGGCAGUGAUGCAGCCAUUCUAAAAACAAAUUCAAAACUAAUACAUUCUCGACUCAGUACGACACAUAGCGUCGCAUCAGUAAUUUUCAAUAUUAUUAAAAAAAAUGGUGUCUCUUGUGAAUAUUUUAAAAACUUUUACAUAGACUAAAAAAGUAAGAUGGAGUAUUAUUUUAAUAUUAUUGAUUAUUAUUAUUCUUAUGAUAUAAAUUUACGUAAUUAUUGUUUAUUUAAUUCAAAUUAUGAAAAAAGUUUCUUUAUGCGGAUGUCAAGGAGACGCGUGACGUUUGUUUUUUUACGGGUUUCACCGGCCUCAUCGCGCUGCUUUUAAAGACUCAUUCUGUAUCAUUCUUUAUUCUGUGAUUUAAAUAUGGAAAAUGUAACCACUGUCAACAUCGAUCUCCUAUUAAAAAGUGGAUGCACAAUCAGCGAUCUAAAAACGUCCCCACUCAAUGAGUGCCAAACACAACUUCAUCAUUAUUAUGUAGUAUUCAAUUCAAGUAGUCGCAUUUGCAAAUUCAACCUUAAACUCAAUCCUUUAGGUUGAAUUUGCUCUGAAUUUGGGAUAUUUAAAGGCCUUUAGGUAUAAUUUUCUUUACCAAUAAUUCUAAAACUGUCAAAGCAAAAUUGGCCAGUUUAUAAGUGAAAUUUUCUACGUGAUUGUGCGUCCUUUUAUUAUAAGAGGUCAGUGACCGUUAAUAAAAAAUGUUAUUUUUUUAAGUAACCAUCACUGUUAUGAUGAAUCAUGACUUAAAUUAGUAUGUAACACAAAUAGGUACCGAUAAAACUAGUCAAACAAUUAACCGACAAAGUGCAAGUCGGACUUACGCUCGAUUUCCAACUACUAUAUUCAAAAAAGCAAGAAAAUCACGUUUGUACAUUAUCUGUGAAAAUAUCAACUAGAGUGCGCUCAAGAUAAGUCGCUUCGCGCGACUGGCGGCGCAAUUACGUUGCCAGCUUUAGUGAUCUCUAUCUAUCGCCAAGAGAUAGAUAGAGAUAGACUACAAAAUGGCAGCACUUCUGAUUAGUUAGAUUUUGGCCAGGCGUAAACAUAUCUUGCGCGCACUUUAACACUGUUCAUGAGAUACGGCCUGAUGACAAGUCUUUGUAAUAUGGUCCCGUUUUAACCUUUGGAUACGAAACCCUAAAAAUGGCCAUGUACUUUUUGCUUACCAGAUUUAUUUAAUUACUAAUUAGAAUUACUUAUGGUAACUAUGAUAAUACAGUGGCAGCGCAAGACCAAUGUUUUAUUUUGAAUUCUCAUUUUCAACAAAUAAUGCAAAUUUGUACAAAAACAAACUUGAGCUUGAUACUUAAAUUUUAUCUUGAAAAUGUUAUUGUAUUUUAACAGUCAUAUAAUUUGUAUGCUGCUGGUCGGUCUGGAUUAUUGGUGAUAUAUUUUGUUAAACAGGUGUUGUUUUGCAUUAAAUUAUUUAACUUUCUACAA